CCUAUCACUUCCGCUUGUUUCCUCUCUGACAACAUGGCGGCGUGCUUCACUCUUCAGCCCGUGAUGCUCCGGAGGACUCUACGGGGAGCCCUCAGCCUUCCCAGCCGGAUACCGGUCGCUCCUGCCGGUCUUCGGUUUAACUCUGCUGCUGCUCCAGAGGACAAAAAGCAGGUGAUAAUAGAGUCUGCGGAGGAAUACAAGUUCGUAGAGCGGCUCAUCCCGCCUACACGGGUCCCCACACCGCCUCAACACGCCGGUCCGACCCCGUCCGGCUGGACCCCUCCGGCAGACUCACCCCCACCUCUACCCUACAUGAUCCGUCGCUCGCGCAUGUACAACAUCCCUGUUUACACGGACCUGACCCACGGUAACCGCAUGAUGACGCUCGUGCGUAAAGUGGAAGGUGACAUCUGGGCUCUGGAGAAGGACGUAAAGGACUAUUUAAAGGAGGUGACAGGGAAAGAGCUGCCGACACAGGUCAACGAGGUCACUAAGACCCUGAAGGUCAAAGGUCACUUUGAUAAAGAGCUGAAGGAGUGGCUGGCUAGUAAAGGCUUUUAACUGGGGUGGUGAGAGCAGUCUCAGCCCCUGGAACUGUCCCAGCUGUCACCCCAGGAGCACAGGGUGACCUGACCAUCAGCAGGGUGUCCCAUCUGGACAAAGACCGAUGAUCCAAGAUCAAACUGAGUCUGUCUGGGACCACAUCAUCAUCCUGGACUCUACUGAAAUCAGAGACCUCCUGCACUAAUGGGAUUAUAAAGAAACAAUGUAAAUAUGUGUUUGUAAUGUCACAUUAAAUAUACAAAUUAAAACUUU